GCCCCGCUCUCGGGAGAUGAGAGGAGUGACGCAGUCGCGGUGCGGAAGGAGGCGCGGAGCGAGAAGAUAACGGCACUGCGGGACUUUCAAACAGCGAUCGGGACUGUCCCGGGAACAGCGGGCCUGUUGGGCGGUCUCGUUUGGAGGAGGGUAUGGCCGAAGUCCCACUUUAUGACAAGAUCAACGAAGACUCCCAGGGGGACACAGAACCCAACAGCCUCCUGCAGAAACUGCGAAACAAGAUCACAAAGCCAGUGCAGACCAAAGUGGAUAACAUUCUGCAGGAUGUACAGAAAUUGACAGAUUAUGACAAACUGUAUCUGUAUCUACAACUCCCUGCAGGACCCAGUGCCCCAGAGAAAAGCCUGGACAUAGGAAGUGUGAACACGGCAGAACACAUGCACGCCUGCACCUGGAUCCGGAACCACCUGGAGGAGCACACGGACACCUGUCUGCCCAAGCAGGACGUCUAUGAUGCCUACAAGAGGUACUGCGACAACCUUCAUGGACGCCCGCUCAGCGUGGCCAAUUUCGGGAAGAUUAUUCGGGAGAUCUUCCCUAAUAUCAAGGCCAGACGGCUGGGAGGAAGAGGCCAGUCUAAAUACUGCUACAGUGGGCUGCGCAGGAAAAGCGUGGUGAGCUUGCAACCCUUACCCAGCCUGGACCUGAAGAUGGCAGAGAGUUCCGAGCUCACUGACCUGGUUCAGUCCUACAACAACGACGUGAUCAACGCCUCCUGCGCUCUCAUCUGCAACUGGGCCGAGAAGAUCCUCAAGCGCUCGUUCAACAACAUAGUGGAAGUGGCUCACUUUCUGAUCCAGCAGCACCUCAUUAACCCCCGCAGUGCCAACGCAGAACUUGUUCUGUCCAUGGUCCUUUCAGAGAACUCUCAGGGGGGUACGCAGAAAACCCAAAAACAGCCUGCGGACGGGGCUGGCAAUAAGGGGUCCGAGUCUCCUGAAGGGGGCGGUGAUGCCGGGACCAAGAGCAAGACCACGAGCCCAAAUGUGGGCAGCCCCCAGCAGCCGCCGAAGAAGCGCCCCCCGGAGCAGCAGAAGGCAGCCAGUAACCCACAAGUUGAUGCUUUGGUGGCUAAAUACCCGCCGGUGCUGCCGCGCCCUACAGAGAAGAUAACUCCGAUCCGACUUACCCCUCAAGUGUUGGCACCAAAGAUAAUUCCUGGAUCUUUGCCCUUCACAGCGGUCUCUUCCGGCACAUCUCUUACCGUGGCAGCGGGCAUCAAUGGCGCCGGCCUGGUGCCUCAGCCGGUAAUCAUGAUCCAACCAGAUAUGGUGAGCUUGGAGACCCACCCCCUCCCCAAAGCCCCCCACAACAGCACCAAAGAGAGAGCAGCCGGAGGGGGGGAAACCAAGGGGCUGAAGCGGCGAGCGGAGGGCGACCCUGCUGCCGGCGCCACCGCCAAACGGAAGCGCGGCCGACCCCGGAAAGUCGGAUCUACUCCCAACGACUUGGCUCCAAGCUGCUUAGCCACUGCAAGGGGUCCCGCCUCAGCUCCCAGCGAUGCCCCGGGGCAGGACUCUGUCCCAGAAUUCUACACUGGGGGGGCAUUACCCGCAGCCCCACGUGCCAGCGUUAGGGGAGAGACGCUAAAGCCUUCGGCUCAGCCACCGUCCGCCGAACUGCAGGAAAGUGCUGGCGCGGGCACCACAAAGGCCCAGGCGGGCAGUGCCCCCAUUCAGGUGAGUGUGAUUACAGAUGCCAGGCAGAGUAUGGCCUUCUGGACAAUGAUGAAAGAAGAUGCUGACAAGAGGCUGACCCCCCCCAAGGAAGAACGUCAUAAAGGUUGGCCGCCCGACGACAAGGUUCAGCCCCUGCCUGAACAGUGACCUAGCACCCCGACACCCUACUAGCAGUUUCUUCUAACACCCCAGGGACCCUUUCCUGGGCCAAAUGUCUGCCCCGACCGGCUCUGGGUGGGAAACAGCCAUAGUCCGUCAUCCAUCUUGUUUCCUUGUAAAGCCUCCUCUCUCUUUCAUCUUUUCUAUAAUAAACCCCUUUCUUGCCAUUCUCCCUGCCAGUGAGGGGGGCAGGGGGCAAAUACAGGACUGGUACAGGGGGAUGGGGGCAUUGCCACGCCUUUAUCUGUGUAAUUAAUAUUAAAAAAGCCUCGUUUCAGGGCUUUCAUGUUUAUAUAAAUACAUGCAAAUUUCAUGGGACUGUGAAAUGAAAAUGAUACCCCCCCAAUAUCUCACUUACAGUAACGGGGAGAGAAUCCCGCGUGCCCCGGGAAUGAGCGGGCACGCUGGCACACUGGCUCUCGGGGAGAAGAGACUGUGGUUGGGGGUGCAGAGAAUUGCUCGACGCGUUUCACUUCCUUUCAUGGGAUGUCCUGAGCAGCUGGGCCGGCGGUGCAGGACGCGGAAAGCCAAGGGGUAGAUAGGGGGGGACCCCCUGAUUCCCCCCCGUCCUCAAAUCUGCUUUGUGAUCCUCGCUGCAACUCGGCAGAGACUGUUUAAAGGGGAAAUUCUACCUGAAAUAUAAGUUAUAAGAAUGUUAAAGUGAGUAGUACAGUUUGCAGUUGGUCUGUUAUAAAUUACGAUUAAACGACGCUCUGAUUCGCUGUGAUGCUCUCUUCCCCACCCCUGUGAUUGGGCACAGGGGUGGGGAAUUAGGGUGCAUGCCCCGCCUCCCGUGAAAGAUCAGAGAAUCCCCUGUACCAGGGAAAAUACAGGGGAUUGACUUACCCAGGGUUCCCCCUGCGUGACCAUGGGAAAGAGAGCAGCCCAACAGCAGCGGGGUACAGAGGAUUUGUAAAUGAACAGCCAUUUAAAAGGAAGAAGAGUUGCUGAUAAUAUACUGAAAGCUGUGUGUGGGUUAACUUCCCCUUAGCACUUAGUGUACAGUUUAAAGGGGGCGGGAAUAACCGUGUUAGCGCUGUGUUUGUGGUUAGUUGUCAUGUUAAUGUUUAAAAAAAAAGCCAUUUUAAUCCA